UCCAGUUUUGAUUGGCUGAUAUACGCAAACAGCCAAAACACACACACACGAUCGCUCGCUCCAUUUGCCUAAAACUUAUAUAGAUUCUGUGCUCUCUUCUUGUUCUUGCUCUUCUUCAUCGUUUUUGCUGCAUCUCGGGUUUCGCGUUAGGAGGCAGAGAUGGAUUGGGGAAACGUAACAGCAGAAGAUCUGAUGGAUGCACUUAGGGAGGUAGAUUGGUCAUCUCCACCACGUCCUCUCUCUGAAUUCUUUUCCAGAUUCACUUUUCCUAAAUCUUCUUCUAAAUGGAAUAGCCGCCUCAAGUGCAAUCUUUACUACUAUCGGACCAACUACUUCAUUAUGAUCAUUUUCAUUCUAGGUAUUGGCUUUCUUAGGCGGCCACUUGCUAUAGUUGCUGCUCUUUUAACAGCACUUACUAUUGCCUUUCUUAAUGAUAGCUUUGCAGGUACUUUUAGUGAAAAGGCGACAAGAACUGUGAGGCAAUUUUCUCCACAUUUAGCUGCUAAGAUGAGACCUCCUCUUACACCUGUUAUCCGUGGACGUCCAUCAGCUAAACGAGCGAUUCAUAUAUGUGGUCGGCCCCGUUGGGUGUUUGUUUUGAUAUUCUCUAUUGUGAGUUUCAUCCUUUGGUAUGCAUCUUGCGGCCUGUUGACUGUUCUGUGGGCGCUUGCUAUCGGUCUUCUUGCUACAAUCCUACAUGCAAGUUUUAGAACACCUAAUCUGAAAGCACGUCUGAAUACAUUCCGGGAGGAAUUUCGUACUGUUUGGCGUAAUUACAGUGAGCUGUAGCUUUGAUGGAACUUACAGCAUGUAAGGAUGCUUUGAUGAUUGGGAUGCUCAGUAUAGCUGCUUGUUCUCAGCUUGGGUUUAGCUGCUGGUUUUAUAGUUUUGCUGCUACAGAAUUUAACUCCCAAUGACUGGACCGGAAUUCUCAGGCGAAGGCUGCCAAUCUUCAUAGAUGUCCAACAUGAUGUAAAUUGUCAGAUUCUCUUCUUUCUGUAAAGCAAACUGUUGCCAUUUAUAUUCAUAUCUGAAGAAACCUACGGAAGUAAUUGGAGAAAACAUUCUUAGAAUUAUGGGCGAGUUAUUAAUAGCCCUUCUUGGUCUCAAGGAUUCUGUUACUUCAGAAAUGGCACCAUGUAAUUCCUCUUGCAUGAGUUACUGAUGUAAAAGAGUUGAGUUUGUUGUUGUUUCGAUGUGCUCAAUAUCUAUCAAAUGUUCAUUUGUGUGAAAUGAAGCAUUUUAAUAACUUUAAGAUA